AUGUCCAUCGGCAACGUCAGCCACCAUGUGCUGACAGCACAGGGUUGCGAAGCAGUCGUAUACCACAUCCCCAUCUCUCCACCCUCCCUUACCCUCCCUUCUUCACCCACGCCAUCCCCAUACAAAACCACAAUCUCCCUCCCUCGCUACUCUACAUGGACAUCAGGACUGCACUUCCACACCACGCACACCGAAUACCUACGUCUACUCCGCGGCGCCAUCUUCAUCUACCUCGACGGCGAGACCCAGAUCCUAAGCGCGAAAGCAGGCGGCAGCGUAGCCAUAUACGGGCAUAAGACUGCAGUAAACACAAGACCUGGCUUACAAGUCAAAGUAAACAAGUACGCGAGACAUGACUGGGGCAGAGCACGUGAGUACUUGUCACGUAGCAGAAGAAUAAUCUGCGUCGCACCGCGUCACCCAGAAGACGUCGACGACGAGGUUGUGGUGGAGGAGUGGACGGAGCCGGUAGAUCUGGUCAAGCCGCUGUUCUUCUGGAAUCUAAAUGCUGUUGUUUUGACGCCGCUGGAUGCGCGUCUUGAAAGAAGGAGGAAGAAGGCAGCGAGGUGGAUGUUAGGUAGAUGGUGGGUGUCUUUGCAGCUGUUUACUAUCUUUCAUGAGUUGGAUAACUGGCCUGUUGUUGUUGGGUUGAGGGGUAUGCUGGGCGAGGAGACGGGCUGGCCGUGGAUGGGGAGAUGGAAUCGGCAGAUUGAGGGGGCGGUGGAAUGGUGCAUUAUCAUGAUUGUGGUGGGAUUCGCGAGGGCGGUGGGGUGGGUGUUGGGCGUUAAGGCUGUUGAAAAGGGACGGACGCCGGAAGGGUUAUGGGAGGGGUAUCAAAAGAACAGAGCGUGGAAGCAGGUGUGA